AUGGCUUUGUCUGCGCUCGCCGAUGACCACGCAGCCACCAGUGUCAGCACGCUCGACUUCAAGAACCAAUUUGUGGCGUCAGGCAUCGUCCCCGAAGUUGUCGCAGCUCUUGAUCCCUCCGUGUCCUUCUACGCCAGCUACAAAGCGGGCGACGAUGACCAUGACGAGCUCCUUGUCCCUGGUUCCAGCCUGAGCGUUUCAGAAGCCACAAUGCCCUUCGAGUUCAGCGUGGAGAAUCUUAACAACGCCACAAAUAUCACGGCGCAGACACGCUUCUUGAUCUACCUGCUUGAUGCCGAUGCUCCAGCUCGAAGCGAUCCAACAGCGAGAAACCUACGCCAUUAUCUCGCCGGCAACUAUACACAGACGGGGCAACACUCGACUGUGCUACCCACUGCCCAGCUCCUUGCGGUUCCUAAUGGACAAUUCCGGCCGCUCACGCCGUUUACGAACCCAAACCCAUCGCCAGGCACUGGUGUGCACCGCUUCAUCUACGCUCUUUACACCCAACCGGCACGAUUCAACAGCGCAGGCUUCGAGUCUGUAGGUAUGGAAGCUGAAACGCAGAACUGGAAUCUAUCGAGAUGGCGGGCACAGCUGGGACUCGGGCCUGCUAUUGGCGCAACCUUUUUCACGAUCGACACCAGCUCGAACACAACUGGCACCUCAGGGGGGAGGACGAAUAGCACUGCUGGGAGUUCCUCUGCUGGGACUGUGAGUCCCCCCUUGGGUUUUGGCUUUAUGUCAUUUCUCAUGGCGCUCGUUCUCUUCAGGAUGUAA